ACCUCGGAUGUAUUUGAACGGUUUACAUACUCAAAAGAGGUACGUUUAAGUCCGCUGCAAGUGGACCGCGUAGUAAUUUUAAUGAACAGUUAAACUUUAUGACUUAACUCUUGGGAAUCUUUAUUAUAUUUGGAAUAUCAUACCUCACUUGCAAUUAAUUCAACUUACUCGCUACGCGCAUACAGCAAGAAGUCUCAGGAGUCAUAUUGGAUUUUCUGAAAAUCGCGUACAUUCUGUUUGCGACCCGGGACAAACACACGUACGCUUCAGUUAGAGGUAGCUUUAAACACUCAGCGCUGCAGAAGUUUUAAGAAAUCUACAAGUGAAUUCAAAAUGAACUUUUUUAUGCAGUUAUGGUUUAUAUGGAUAGUCAACAUCUACCAUCAUGCAGUAUUUGGUGCGGAUCUUGAAUACAUUCGAUCAACUCUGACUCAGCACUUUUCCGAUACACGGCACCAUGUUACUAAUCCGGCUUACAAAAGCCGAGCUCGCCAAUUCAUCUACGAUGAAUUCCAGAAACAUGGACUGAAUACGAAUAACCACAAUUUCACCUUUCUUGGGGUUCCCUAUACGAAUGUCAUAGGGGUGUUUAGAGGCGAAAAGUUUGGAACGUAUGAGGAUAAAAUUGUCGGUGUUGGAGCGCACUAUGAUACCGUAAAUAUCACAAAAGGGGUUGACGAUAAUGGGUCCGGUGUAACGGCAAUGUUAGAGUCUCUUAGACAAAUCGCUGCGGGAAACCAAGGUGGCAAACGCCGCAAUAACACCAUCAUCUACAUGGCAUUUGACCACGAGGAAUUUGACGAUCAGGAUAAUGGGCACAUCGGCAGCAAGUUUGCAAUUGAACAAUGGUUAAUGCCCUGGCUAACGCAGAACUAUGGGCAACAUGUGGAGUCACUAAAGCCAAGUGGAAUUAUCGUUCUUGAUACAGUCAUGAACUACAACUCUUCCGCAAAAUCACAGAUCAUCCCUCCAGAGGCUGUGCACUUUUUUCAGGAGUAUUUUCCUAAAACAGUGUCGAGUAUGAAGUCAGACGAGUUCCAGGGAGAUUUCCUUGCAGCUAUCUUCAGGCAGAAUUUGGAUGGAAAUCUUGCGUCUACCUUUAACAGCGAGUGGCUUGGUGAACCCCAACCUGAAUUCGAAAUAGAGAAGUUUGGAUUUCCCUACCAGGAUGUGAAUGACGACACCUGGAACGUGUUUGGCAACUUCUUCCGCAGUGAUCACGUCAGCUUCUGGAAUGCAAACAUACCAGCUAUCUUCAUCACAGACUCUGCUAAUUUUCGCGGUCAGAUGCAGCAGUGCUACCACAAUGCCUGUGACAACUUGACCAACAUACUCACCGACAACAAUGUCCGAUUCCUCGGCAAAACUGCGGAUACCAUUGCCGCGACCCUGGACAAACUGUCCGAGGCGUACAACACAAACACGAGUUCGGCAUCAUGUAUUGGUGACUUCAUUUCCACUUUGUGGAUUCCGAUUGGACUUCUGCUGGUGAUGAUUUGAAUGAAAAGAUAAUGUGUUUUGUUUUGCAUGUGACACAUGAAUCGAGUAUACGGACAGUAUGACAAUCUGAACUUGCAUUUUAUGAAUUAGGAUUACUUCUGUGUUGUUGCAGUUUGAUUAUUUCAGUCCGGACCACACAUUCACAAAAAGUAGUCAGUCGAUAAUUUUUCGUUGCAACUAGAAAACCUUUCAUUUACUCGUGUUGUGUGCUAUUCUAAAAAUAAUUACUAAUAAAUUGAUACUUAACAAUAGCUUUUAUCUGUAUGUAUUUCAUUUUAUAUAUAUGUUGCUUGCUUUUAUUUAAUUCAUAUAUAUAUAAACAAUAUUUUUUUUUUA